AUGUAUUCCUCCUCCUCCUCUGUGAAUCUUCGCUAUUCACUGGGUGUGAAAAACCUCAACACAAACGCGCGACGGCGCUCUAUCAACGUCAGCCUCCCGAACCGGGGCUGUACCCAGGAGAGAACUACAACGCCCAGCAGCCCCGACGGGCGUAAACACUCCCAACUUCCGGGGCGUUGCUCACCAUCGGCCAGCAGCGCCAGUGCCACUCGGUCCCUCAAGAAGCCGCAGGGGUUCGGGCCGGCAGCAGAAGCUGGAGUCGUAAGGCAGUGGGCCGCUGUCUGCCCAGCGAGACGGAGGGCUCAGGACGCGACCCUAUCUGUUGGAAGCCGCAGGAGGCGGAGCCGGGUUGCGGGGUACGCGUUGACGUCACAUCCGCUGGGCGGGGCCGCAAGGAACCCGCGCAAAUUGAAAGGUCAGCCUUUCGCGCGCGGUGUAGCCAGGUUGCCCGUGUUGUGCGUCGCUGGCCGUGGGUGCUUUGGCCACAGUGAGUUAGGGGCGUCGGGGCGGGUUUCUCCAACCCCAAUCGGCUCCGUUCAAGGGGAGGAGGAGAGUCCCUUCUUGGAAGGGCAGAAGUAUUACCUUAAGAAAGGCGAAGCACUGAAAUGUAUUUUUCUUUUUUUCCAUAGGUAUGUAGGAUUUUGUAUGAAAUUUGUAAAUAUGUUACUAUCUCAUGGGAUCAAGCCUAUUCUCGUAUUUGAUGGAUGUACUUUACCUUCUAAAAAGGAAGUAGAGAGAUCUAGAAGAGAGAUUCUUUUUUCCUCUGGCUGUGUAGCAGCUGCCCGGUCUCAGGGCGUAGAUUGCCUCGUGGCUCCCUAUGAAGCUGAUGCGCAGUUGGCCUAUCUUAACAAAGCGGGAAUUGUACAAGCCAUAAUUACAGAGGACUCGGAUCUCCUAGCUUUUGGCUGUAAAAAGGUGAUUUUAAAGAUGGACCAGUUUGGAAAUGGACUUGAAAUUGAUCAAGCUCGGCUAGGAAUGUGCAGACAACUUGGGGAUAUAUUCACAGAAGAGAAGUUUCGUUACAUGUGUAUUCUUUCAGGCUGUGACUACCUUUCAUCACUGCGUGGGAUUGGAUUGGCAAAAGCAUGCAAAGUCCUAAGACUAGCCAAUAAUCCAGAUAUAGUAAAGGUUAUCAAGAAAAUUGGACAUUAUCUCAAGAUGAAUAUCACGGUACCAGAGGAUUACAUCAAAGGAUUUAUUCGGGCCAACAAUACCUUCCUCUAUCAGCUAGUUUUUGAUCCCAUCAAAAGGAAACUUAUUCCUCUGAACGCCUAUGAAGAUGAUGUUGAUCCUGAAACACUAAGCUACGCUGGGCAAUAUGUUGAUGAUUCCAUAGCUCUUCAAAUAGCACUUGGAAAUAAAGAUAUAAAUACUUUUGAACAGAUCGAUGACUACAAUCCGGACACUGCUAUGCCUGCUCAUUCAAGAAGUCGUAGUUGGGAUGACAAAACAUGUCAAAAGUCAGCUAAUGUUAGCAGCAUUUGGCAUAGGAAUUACUCUCCCAGACCAGAGUCGGGUGUUGUUUCAGAUGCCCCACGAUUGAAGGAAAAUCCGAGUACUGUGGGAGUGAAACGAGUGAUUAGUACUAAAGGGUUAAAUCUCCCAAGGAAAUCAUCCAUUGUGAAAAGACCAAGAAGUGAAGAGUUGUCAGAAGAUGACCUGUUGAGUCAGUAUUCUCCUUCAUUUACAAAGAAGACCAAGAGAAAUAGCUCUGAAGGCGAUAAAUCAUUGAGUUCUUCUGAAGUGUUUGUGCCUGACCUGGUAGAUGGACCUACUAACACAAAGAGCGUAAGCACUCCACCUAGGACGAGAAAUAAAUUCGCAACAUUUUUACAAAGGAAAAAUGAAGAAAGUGGUGCAGUUGUGGUUCCAGGGACCAGAAGCAGGUAUACUUGUAGUUCNGAUUCUAUUGACUGUGUAUCAAACAAAGUGAGCAGCCAGCCUCUGGAUGAAACUUCUGUCACAGAUAAAGAGAACAAUCUGCGUGAAUCAGAGUGUGGAGACCAAGAAGGCAAGAGGCUGGCUGACACAAACGUAGCACAUAAUUCAAGUGAUGACAUGCCGAAUAAUCAUAUUCCAAGUGAUCAUAUUCCAGACAAGGCAACAGUGUUUACAGAUGAAGAGUCCCACUCUUUUAAGAGCAGCAAAUUCACAAGGACCAUUUCACCACCCACUCUGGGAACACUAAGAAGUUGUUUUAGUUGGACUGGAGGUCUUGGAGAUUUUUCAAGAACGCCGAGCCCCUCUCCAAGCACAGCAUUGCAGCAAUUCCGAAGAAAAAGCGAUUCCCCCGCCUCUCUGCCUGAGAUUAGUAUGUCUGACGUGUCUCAGUUAAAGAGCGAGGAGUCCAGUGAUGAUGAGGCUCAUCCCUUACGAGAAGGGGCGUGUUCUUCACAGUCCCAGGAAAGUGGAGAAUUCUCCCUGCAGAGUUCAAAUGCAUCCGAGCUUUCUCAGUGCUCCAGUAAAGACUCCGAUUCAGAGGAAUCUGAUUGCAAUACUAAGUUACUUGACAGUCAAAGUGACCAGACCUCCAAGCUACGUUUAUCUCAUUUCUCAAAAGACACACCUCUAAGGAACAAGGUUCCUGGGCUAUAUAAAUCCAGUUCUGCAGACUCUCUUUCUACAACCAAGAUCAAACCUCUAGGACCUGCCAGAGCCAGUGGGCUGAGCAAGAAGCCAGCAAGCAUCCAGAAGAGAAAGCAUCAUAAUGCCGAGAACAAGCCGGGAUUACAGAUCAAACUCAAUGAGCUCUGGAAAAACUUUGGAUUUAAAAAAGAUUCCGAAAAGCUUCCUUCUUGUAAGAAGCCCCUGUCCCCGGUCAGAGAUAACAUCCAACUAACUCCAGAAGCAGAAGAGGAUAUAUUUAACAAACCUGAAUGUGUGCGUGUUCAAAGAGCGAUAUUCCAGUAAAUCAGACUGCUGCGAUGCUUUUGCCUGCAAGAGAAUCUGAUCAAUUUGAAGUCCCUGUUUGGGAAUGAGGCACUUAUCAGCCUGAAGAAUUUUUUUUCAUUCUGUGCCAUUUUAAAAAUAGAAUACAUUUUGUAUAUUAACUUUA